AUGAAGAAAUUCGCCGUCAAAGAGUGGGCUGAACUUAUUUCAGAUCCUAUUAUGUUGAGAGGGCAAGAUCAACGUAAUGGUCAGGAAAUAGAUUUGAAAAAUGAUGUUUGGACUGUUAUUGGAGCAUGUGGUACAAGCGAAAGUGCAGGAAGUCCUGUGUACUUUAAUACCAUUGUUGGAUUUAAACAUCGGGCGACAGGAGGAAAUUUACACUCUCAUGGUAUGGAUUGUGGGACAACACCAAAAUCUAACCAUCAGCAAGGUACUUUGAGUUAA